ACUGCGCACUUGCGCGCGCGUUUGAGAUAAUCGGAACGCCUCUCUCCGUCUCUCUCUUGCAAAUCCGUCAAACAGAAACCCUAAAACGCUCCUUAAAACCUCUCUAUCUGUUCUAGGGUUUCGAAAAUUCUUCUUUUGCAGCAAUGCCGCAGCUGACAAUCAGGAAACGGACUGAAAUCAGUUUUGCUAUCGGGAAAGUGGAAUGUUCUAGGGUUCUUCAGCGGAUGUGAGAGUGAAGAGCGGGAGAGUUCUUGAGAGCAAGAGGCGCGUGGGAUGAAUAGCGUCUUCAAUGAGAAGAUAUUGGCGGACAAGCUUUCAAAGCUCAACAGCACUCAGCAAUGUAUUGAAACGCUGUCACACUGGUGUAUUUUUCAUCGGAAAGCUGAACUCGUUGUUCAAACAUGGGAUAAGCAAUUCCAUAGCUCACAAAAGGAGCAGAAGGUUCCAUUUUUAUACCUUGCCAAUGACAUCCUGCAGAACAGCAAGCGCAAAGGAACUGAAUUUGUGAGUGAGUUCUGGAAGGUUCUUCCUGCAGCACUCAAGGAUGUUGCCGAGAAUGGUGAUGAUCGUGGAAAGAAGACAGUUUCCAGAUUGGUUGAUAUCUGGGAAGAAAGGAGAGUAUUUGGUUCUCGUGCAAGGGGCCUUAAGAAUUUAAUGCUUGGAAAUGAACCUCCUCCUCCUUUGGAGCUGAACAAAAAACGUUCACGUGCUAUUAGAAUUUUAAGAAGAGAUUCACGCUCUAUAAAAAUAAAAUUGGCUAUUGGAGGCACUGCAGAAAAGAUAGUCUCCUCAUUUCACUCCGUGCUCAGUGAAUAUCCCAAUGAAGAGACAGAUUUGAACAAAUGCAAGGCUGCAGUCCGCCGUGUGGGGAAGAUGGAGAAAGAUGUUGACAAUGCUUGUAUUCGAAAGGGAGACCCACGACGGACAACCUUGGCAGAGGAGCUACAGGAGGAGGAAAACCUUUUAAAACAGUGCAUUGAGAGACUCAAGUCAAUUGAAGAAUCCAGGGUCACUCUGGUUUCUCAGUUGAAAGAAGCACUACAGGAGCAGGAAUCUGAACUGGAGAAUGUUCGAACUCAAUUGCAGGUAGCUCAGGCACAAGUAGAGGAAGCAAGCAACAUGCGGAGACGGCUCAAUGGCGACACCAGCAUUACCAGAGCCAACCCUUCAUCUUCCAGUGGGACCCCACAAGUCGAUCAGGGUGCAUCGGCUGGGGAAACACCCAAAAAGACGGCGGCAGCCAUUGCAGCUGAGGUUGCAGACAAGCUGGCGGCUUCUACAUCGUCGCAGCAGAUUAUGACAUCCGUUCUUUCCACUUUUGCAGCACAGGAAGCGAAGCAUGUGGGUCUGAUGGCAUCCACCAACCCAUCUAAUACCGAAUUCCCAUCCGAGAAGAGGCAAAAACUUGAAAAUUCAAUGCCUGUUCCAGAUGCAUCCACUUUCAUUACCGCCCAACCACACUCUCUUCCAGCUACCCAUCAGCAUCCAACAGUGUUCAUGCACCAGCCAUCCAUUCAGGCCCAAGCUUCCACCUCCCAGCCUCAGUACACACUGCUUCCAACUCUGUCUUCGCACCAGUAUAUGCAACCAUCCGGGGGGAUGAUGAUUGGGAUGCCAUAUGGGUAUAGCACCCUGCCACCGCCGCCUCCGCCGCUUCCUCCGGCACAUGUUAUGAACUUGGCAAGACCAGCAAUGCUGACUCAGCAGCCUAUGGCGUUGCAGCAGUCCACGAUGUUGCCUCGACAGCAACCGGUGUCGUUGACUCUGCAACAAUCCACACAGUUAACUACACAGCAGCAGGCCAUGUCACUCAUCCAGCAGCAGCCUGCUGCUGCUCCCAGUUUUCGGCCUCUUCAACCACCCACCAUGGGGUUCUAUGGUCACCCUCAUCAAACUCAAUGAUAUUGAGAUUCCAAGUGCAUGUUUCAGUUACAUGGGCUACAUAUUGCUAAUCAAGGUAACGGUUUGUUUUGUCAGUAGCAGUAGCCUACUUUUUGUUUUUUGGGCAGCAUUCUGAUAGUGUUUUGCAACUUGGGCACUUCUGAUUAUAAUUAUUAUGCAAGAGGUUUGCUGAGUUGCUGUAGGAGAAAGUUGGUCCAAGCUGGUCUGUGGAGUAUCCCCACGUGCCAAUUCUGAACAGGCAUGCCAAGACUGGGGCCCCCCCUUGAAGGGGUUUGGGCCUACCUUUUCCUACAUCGAUGUACCAAUUACACAGCAGGAAAUAGUAAAAAGAAGAGGUAUAUUAUAGUGUAA